GAGGUCAUUAAGUGUGUGACUGCUAUCGCUGUUAGCGUAUAAAUUUAGUAAUGUAUGUCUUAUACUUUGCAGUAUUAAAUUUAAUGUGAACUCGCGAACAGUCAUCUCCGACAAUCGUUCGCUCGUCAAAUGAUAAGAUCGUAUAGAUAAUCCUAAAUACUAAUAGUGCAAACUAUAGUGAAAAAAAGUGCUCACAUUGUGUAUACAUCGUUUGCUUCAUUUGUUGAUUAAUCGCCAGUUUUAAUAUAAAAUAUUAUUGCUUAUGUGCAUUCAACAUCAAUCAUCGAUAAUUCAAUGUGACAUUUUAUGAGUUUGAUUAAUUUCGGUGAUCUCAUCUCCUUAAACAAACAAAUUUGGAACAAUGUUUUCGAAGAAAACAGGCUUAUUUGUAUGUGUUUUUGUAGUGAUUAUUUUAAGUAUUUCAUGCAUCUAUUUUGGUUUGAAAUAUGAUGUUCCUAUGCAGCCACCUAACAUCGUCGUUAUCAUCGCUGAUGACCUUGGAUGGAAUGACGUUAGUUUCCACGGCGCCGAUGAGAUUCCUACGCCGAACAUAGAUGCUCUCGCAUACAAUGGCGUCAUACUAAAUCGACAUUACGUAUUGCCGAUAUGUACACCAUCGAGAACAGCUUUUCUCACUGGAAAAUAUCCCAUAAGGACAGGUAUGCAGGGUUAUCCCUUGCAAGGAGCUGAACCACGUGGUAUACUUCUGAAUAAUAUUCUAUUACCCGAAUAUCUUCAGAAACUCGGAUAUGCUACUCAUUUAGUGGGAAAAUGGCAUGUUGGUUAUCAUACAAGAAAUUACGGUCCUACUCAUCGUGGUUUCGACACUUUUGCUGGAUAUUAUAAUGGUUACAUCCAAUAUUUCAAUCAUACACUCUACGAAAGCGAACAAUUAGGCUACGAUUUGCAUCGUAUCAUAGGUGAUGAUCACAAAAUUGAAUACAGAUAUGACUAUAUGACUGAUCUUAUAACUGAUGAGGCUGAAAAUAUUAUUUCCUCUCAUAAUCCUGCGAAACCUCUAUAUCUGCAAGUGGCACAUCUUGCCGCUCAUUCUAGUGAUGCCGAAGAAGAAAUGGAAGUACGUAAUUGGAAAGAAACGAAUGCUACUCUCGGUUACAUCGAAGACAUAAAUAGAAGAAAGUAUGCAAGUGUCGUUGCCACAUUGGAUGAAUCAGUCGGUCGAGUGAUCGAUGCUUUAAAAAAAACAGAUAUGUUAAACAACUCGAUCAUCGUUUUCAUAUCCGAUAAUGGAGCGCAAACUGAGGGAUUUUUGCAAAAUUAUGGAUCUAAUUAUCCACUCAGAGGGUUGAAAUUUAGUCUUUUCGAAGGCGGCAUUCGCGGCGCAGCUUGCAUCUACUCACCCUUGAUUGAUCGUCCGUCGAGAGUUUCGAAUCAAUUGUUUCAUAUUACUGAUUGGUUACCGACAUUAUAUUCAGCAGCUGGUGGUAAUUCGAGUGAUUUGAAACAAUUGGAUGGUUUUGAUCAAUGGUCCGCAAUUAAGAGCGCGAAAAAUAGUAAACGGAGCUCAAUUCUCAUUAAUAUUGACGAGAAGGAAAAUAGCGAAGCUGCAUUAAUAGGACAUUAUAAACUUGUUACAGAUACAUCCGAGUACCAGAAGUAUUAUAAUUAUAGCGGUAACAAUGCAUUGUAUCCCAAAUAUAAUGUAACGACCAUCUUAGCGUCACCAGCUGCGUCAGCUAUCGCGAGUAUUUCGAUUUCUACGUUAAACGCUAGUAAAAUAAUGCAAUUGCGGAAAGAGGCCACAAUAAUUUGCAAGAAUUUUACGGAUUUUUCCAAUUGUACGAAUCGUAGCUGUUUGUUCGAUCUCAAUAAGGAUCCUUGCGAAACUACAGAUUUAUUCUCGAAGCAUCCUAAGGACGUAAAGAGAUUGAACAUGUUCAUCGAUCGCUAUAAAUCGGUCCUUAUGAACCAGACGAAUGCACCCGUCGAUCCUGCUGGUUUUCCGCGUAACUUUAACGACACCUGGAUGCCUUGGUUGCCGGAUGACUAUCAGUCGAUUAGCAUAUUACGAUGAAUGAAGAAACGACGAAAUACAAUAAACUAUUAUCUUGAGAAAUGACUGGCCCGCAUUGCCGCUGAUAAUUAAUUAUCUGACAUAUGAUAGCAAGUAUCGCACAUAUUCGUCUUCAAAGAGCGAUUCAUAAAUUAUUUUAAAUAUAAAUUUACAGACUAAGCAUUGCAUAGCUGAAAAUUGUACUUGUUAGUUAUACAAGUCUGUUACGUAUUUUACUGUACGCAAGUGAAUAUACAUCGAUUAUUUAUUAAAUGUAUUG